CCAAUGAAUAGAGUGAGAGACCUUCUGCUCCGAUCAAAUUGGGCUUAUGGAGUUCCAGCUGUUCUGCCGGCAGUACUGACGCUAAGCCCGAUUACCUUAAAACGACCCAGUUAUCCGGCAAAUCAACUUGGCCGAUCUGGUUCUUUGUGGGCCGUCCCGCUAUUAUUUUUGAUAGUUAAGUCAUUGUCAAUGCAAGAAGCCACCCCUCCAUCAUGUGAUGUGUAAGCCGGAAGCGGAAACCCAGAUUGACUUGUAGCCCGCAGAUACUUAGAAAUGAGUCAACUUGGUUUG